CAAGUGCGUUGGAUAGCCUGACACGAGAAAGCUGAUCUUACCCGUUGGUUUUGCUUGUAUAUACAUCGCCGUUAAAGAAUCACUGAUCCGUAAGCUUUUGGACCCUGUCCUCUCCACUCACUCUCUCCUUGAUACAGAACACACACAUUCCAACACAAUCUCCAAUGGCUGCAUUUCCAACCGCAGAAGCGUGUGACAGCAACGCAGAACUAAUAUCAAACGGAGACCUACGAGCUCUCCACCCAAUCUUCAAGAUCUAUGGCCAAAGAAGAUGCUUCUCAGGACCAAUCGUGACACUCAAGGUCUUUGAAGACAACGUCCUAGUCAGAAACCAACUAGAGACAAAAGGAGAAGGCGCAGUCUUAGUUAUAGACGGUGGUGGAAGCACGAGAUGCGCGCUUGUUGGAGGAAACCUUGGACAGUUAGCUCAGAACAACGGGUGGGCAGGGAUUUUGGUGAAUGGGUGCGUUAGAGAUGUGGAUGAGAUCAAUGACUGUGAUGUUGGUGUUAGGGCCUUGGGUUCUAACCCUUUGAAGUCUAGUAAGAAAGGUCAUGGUGAGAAGAAUGUUCCGGUUUAUAUUGGAGGGACUUUGAUUAGAGAUGGGGAAUGGCUUUAUGCUGAUAGUGAUGGUAUCUUGAUCUCCAAGACUGAACUCUCCGUCUGAAAUGUUAAACUGCUAAGAGAUUACUGUUGGUAAGCUGGUUUAUGUUGAAUUUGUAAUAUUCGGUUUAAUAUUUUAAAAUGAAAACGUUUUGUGCGAUUUGUGAAACUAUAUAAUAAUUGGAAAAUAUUGUUAUUUCUCUUUAUGUCGAAACGAGCGAA